AUGUUUUCAUAAUUUAAGAGUUCAUUUUCAAAGAAUAAGAAAUCUAAUACUUAAUCCUUUUAAUCAUAAUUAGUAGAACCUCCUUCUAUUAUAAAAGCUUAAACUUAAGAGUUUUAAGUUGUAGAUGAAAAGACUAUAAAAAAUAUCGAAAAAACAUAGAAUUAAAAAUAAAGAAGUCAAUCUUUUGAAGCUAAAGAAGAAAAUUCUAAAUAACAAGAAGAACUAAUGGAUUAUAUAGUUUAAGAAGAUGAUUCUUUUUUUGGGAUUGCUCUUAAAUUUAGUGUUAAUGAUGGCUAUUUAAUGAGAAUAAAUAAUCUUUCUAGUGACAUGAUUUUUAAAGGUUAAGUUUUAAAAGUUCCUAUAACAAAUUAGCCUCGUUUCUCAAUUGUUAAGAUCCCUGAUUAAAUAAAAUAAACUGAGGAUAUUUGGGAACAAAAUAAAAUUAGUUAGAAGUGUAAUAUUUUAUCACAUACAUUAAUUAGUUGAAGUUAUUUAUUGUAAUAACAAAUAAAAUUCUAUUGGAAUAUUAACCUUAACUGAUGAUAUUGUACUAUUUGAUCCAAUUUAAUAAGAAUAAAUGCAAAAUAAAUAAAAUAAGAUUAGAAUGAAUGCAUGCAUUUCUAUGAUUGAUAUUAAUGAAGCAGUAACAUAUAUUUUAUAAAAUUAAAAUGGAUGUUAAGAUUAUAUUGUUUAAAUAUUAUUAUCUGGGAUUGGCAAACCAAAUUUUGAGAAAAAGUAUUAUAAAUAAUUAAAAAAAUAUAAGUAAUAAAAAAAAAGCAUUGCCACUGUAUUUUUUAGAGUAAGAUAAUUAUUUUAAUUUAAAGCAUGCAGAAAGAGAUAAAGAUGGAAAAUUGUUCACUGAAGAAAUUAAAAAGUCUAAUUGUGCAUUUAUUGUUAAAUUCAUCAAUGAAGCUUGUAAUGAAUAUUCUGAGUAAUCUUAAUUAACAAAAUUACCAUAUAUAGAUUUAAUUGAAGAUUCUAAAUAGAAAAAAUAAUUGGAAAUUGAUGAAAUAUAAGAUGUAAUAGGAGAGAGAAUGGGAAGUGUGUAAUUUAUAAAUAUUCUUAGAACUUUGGGCUUGUUUAGAAUAUGUGCCAGUUCUAAAAGAACCUUCAAAUUGUUUUAGUAAUACUACUUAUAAAUAAAUUAUUGAAUUAAUUCCAGCAGUAUAUCGUUUAGCAGAUUGGAUUAAAUACUAUAAUAUAGACUAAGAUGGAUCAAGUUAUUCAAAUAUGUUAUAAGAGAUAAAAAAUAAAUCUCCAAUUAUUAUAAUUAUCAAGGAUUUUAAUAAUUUUAUAUUCGGAACAUAUAUUUCGACUGAGGUUCAUUAAUUUAGUUAUGGAUUUAAAGGUAAUGGGGAAACAUUUUUAUUUAAUUUUGAUUAAGAGGUAAAAAUAUAUAUUAAAAGUUAUUUUAGAAAAAUGAAAUAAGACCAUAUUUUUGGACUGAAAAAAAUAGAGAUUUUGUUUAUUGUGAUGAGACAGGAAUAGGGAUUGGUUGUGGAGAUAAAUUUGGUCUAUUUAUAGAUUAAAGUUUAACUUUUGGAUAUUCAAAUCCUUGUGAAACAUUUGAAAAUAUUAGAUUUACUAAUUAAGAAAAGUUCAAAAUUAUGUCUUUAGAAGUAUGGACUAUAUUGCAUUAAUGA